CUCUCACAUCAGUCGACAUGUCCGUGCCCAAGGAGUACAAGAUCGUCCUCGCCGGCCCCUUUGCCUCGGGCCGCACCGCCUUUGCGGCGGCGGCGAGCAAGGCGGAGAAGAAGAGCAUCAAGAGCCUGCGUGCCGACACGUUCAAGGUGCCGCUCUACACGUCUGCCGGCUCCGUCGUGCUCACGCUGUACGACACGACGAUGCACGCCAAGGGCGGCCUGCCCGCCGACGACUUUUUCCGCAAUGCCGAUGCCGCCGUCGUCUUCUUCGCCGCCAACGACCGGGAUAGUCUGGAGAAGUCGGAGGAGUGGUACGACGCUGUAGUCGAGGCCAACCGCCGUCGUGGCUCCGAGCCCACGCCCAUCCUCUUCGCUGGCACAAAGGUCGACGAUCUCUCGAACCUCAUCAAGCCCGCCGACAUUGAUGUGCCGCGCAAGCGCGAGGUCAAGUACGUCGAGAUUUCGGCAAAGGCAGGCUACGGCGUUAAGGAGCUCUACACCGAAAUCUGCCGCAUGCUCCUCGGCGGCACGGUGCAGCUGACCGACGUGCUGGAGCUGCAGAGCUCGAGUGCCAGCGUGGAUGAGGAGGCGCUGGAGAAGCGCAAGAAGGAGUACGAGGAGGCUGCGAAGCCCUAGACGCUGGCACGCGCCAGCACGCUAGAAGCUUAGAGCAGACGGGAGACUUGUUAUACAUUAUCCUUGCAGGACGGCGCGGAAAGGAAAAGAGAGCGAGAAGGAUUACACGGGGGGCCGAGGAAAGGGUAUCGAAGCAGGGCAGGAAGGAUUUUGGGAGCGCAGACGAGAGAUCGAGCAUUCGGCCCCUCUCUAGGCAAAG